CAGCGGGGGAGUGGGCGGGACUGCGGGCGGGACAGCCCCGUUCCCCAGCGUCCCCCGCGGCAGCAGGCACUGACGUGGCUGCCGUCAGAGCCGCCAUCUUGUGGGAGCGAAACCAACGCCUGCCUCCGAGCAGCAGCUGCGCCGCGGCCGCCGAGGGUUUCUCUGGCCAGUGUUGCUCCCACCAGUCUACAGCAUGGGGAAUAUCUUUGCAAACCUCUUCAAGGGCCUUUUUGGCAAAAAAGAAAUGCGCAUUCUCAUGGUGGGCCUAGAUGCUGCGGGAAAGACCACCAUCCUGUACAAACUGAAGCUGGGUGAAAUCGUGACCACCAUUCCCACUAUAGGCUUCAACGUGGAAACCGUGGAAUACAAGAACAUCAGCUUCACUGUGUGGGACGUGGGUGGCCAGGACAAGAUCCGGCCUCUGUGGCGCCACUACUUCCAGAACACACAAGGUCUCAUCUUCGUGGUUGACAGCAAUGACAGAGAGCGUGUGAAUGAGGCCCGAGAGGAGCUUAUGAGGAUGCUGGCAGAAGACGAGCUCAGGGACGCUGUUCUGCUCGUGUUUGCUAACAAACAGGACCUCCCCAAUGCCAUGAAUGCAGCUGAGAUCACGGACAAGCUGGGUCUGCACUCUCUGCGCCACAGGAACUGGUACAUUCAGGCUACCUGUGCCACCAGCGGGGACGGGCUCUAUGAGGGACUGGACUGGCUGUCCAAUCAGCUCCGGAACCAGAAGUGAGCUGUACUCCUCUCUCCUCCCUUCACACUCCCUCCUUCUGCCCUCGCUUUACUCUCAUGUGGCAAACGUGCCCCUGUGGUGUGAGUGCCAGAAGCUGUCUCCAUGGUCGGUCACAGUGUGCUUCACCAUGCUGUAAAUGUGCAGACGCAGCCUGCAACUGGGUUUUUAUUUAAUGUAAAUAGUUUUUGUUUCCAAUGAGGCAGUUUCUGGUACUCCUAUGCAAUAUUACUCAGCUUUUUUUAUUGUAAAAAGAAAAUCAACCCACUGUUUAGUACUGAGAAGGGAUUUUAGGCACACGGGUCAUCCAGGAGUCGCUGUGUCAGAAAAGCCCGAUGUUCCUCUUCUGGGCUUUACGUCUGUGUUGAGAUCCAUUUUGGUGGUUGGUUUUUAACCCAAACUCAGUGCAUUUUUUAAAAUAGUUACAAAUACAAGAUAAGGAGAACACUUGAACACACAGAAGGGAGAAAUGUGCCUAGUGUAGGUUCUGCAGUAAUGGCCUGAGUCCAGUCCACCAGUGGUCUGUUUCCCGUUGGGAACGUGAAACGGGGCAGAACCAGCUAUGAUCCAUUCUGCAUGGUCACAAUAGGGUCCCUGUGAUUUGCUCUGUCUUGGGUCAUCCCACACCCCAUAGCGUUUGUGCUUGUAUCUGUGCUUACAUGGCUGCCCAGGAGAUGGGCUGGAGGCUGCAGCCACCACUCUCAGACCCCUUGAAGGAACCCCAGCCUUUUCUUGGGUCAGCAUGGGCACUUUGGUUGGAACGCUCUGGUUUGAGCGGGAGCCCUGCAGUCCCCUUGCUUGCCUGCUCCGGGCUCUCUGGGGUCUCACCAGCAGGAGCGCGGGUGGUCAUCCUUGAGCCCCAGCCCCUCGGAGCCCCUGUCUAUGUGUGCUUUCACUCCCUCAGCCUGCAAGGGUCAGAUUUGCCAUCGAAAAAUGAUAACCUCUACUUUUUUCUUUUGUAUUUUGAUAAACACUGAAGAAGCUGGAGCUGUUAAACUUUAUCUUGGGGAAAACCUCAGAACUGGUUUAUUUGGUGUCGUGGAACCUCUUAAUGCUUUCAAUACACAAUUAGUAAUCAACUGUUUUGUAUACUUGUUUUCAGUUUUCAUUUCGACAAACAGGCACUGUAAUUACAGCUAUUAGAAUAAAAUCUCUUAACUAUU